AUGCCGACCGAUAUGACCAAGUUCCAGAUCGUGCAGACUGCCAAGUACUCCGUGCUGCACCCAAUCAAAGGAGCAAAGCCCAUGAAGGCCAUUGUAGGGGCCAAGAAGGCGGUACCGGUCAAGAAAGAAGCGCCCAAGAAGGUCGAGCCGAAGCAGACAAAGGACGAAGACGACGGCGACGACGACGACGACCUCUUUGGGGACGACGACGACGAGGACGACGAAGCUGCAAAGGCUCUGGCCGCCAAGCGUGCGGAAGCGGCCAAGUCUGCUAAGAAGGAGAAGAAGAAGCCCGUGGAGCGCUCGCAAGUGGUGAUUGAGGUCAAGCCGUGGGAGGCCGAGACCGACCUCGAGGAGCUGGCGACCAAGAUCAAGGCGCUGCCUAUUGAAGGCCUCACGUGGGGCGAAGGCCACAAGCUCGUGCCUGUGGCAUUCGGCAUCAAGAAGCUCCUGGUGCAGUGCGUCAUUAUCGACGAGCUCGUGCUGAUGGACGACAUUACGGAAGCGAUUGAGAGCUUUGAGGACUAUGUCCAGUCGGUCGACGUCGCGUCGAUGAACAAGCUCUAG